UCAAUUUUUCCCAUUAUUUUCACAAAAUAGGAUCUUCGCAAAGUGAUGCAACCUGUAGUCAUGUGAACACAAAAUCAAAAUGAAGACGCAAUUCAAGAUCACAGCACAUGGUUUUUUUGGCAAUGCACAAAGUGGUAGUACAUGGAGUUUGUAUAUAUAUAUAUAAAGUUCAUCGGCCACCAGAAUCAGAAAAACCAAACCACACCCAAUUCUUCAAUUUCUCCAAUUUUCUUCCUUCUUCCCAAUCUUCGACUCCCAGAAAAUGAACUACUCAAUCCAAACCCCCCUUCUUCUUCUUCUUCUUCAUAUUGUUUUCUUCAAUGUGCAAACCCAAUCCCAAAGCACUGAUCUAAUAUCCAAAACAUGCAAGAAAACACCCCACUUUGACCUUUGUCUCUCGUCUCUCCAAUCAAGCCCUCAGAGCUCAAACUCAGACAUUUCAGGCUUGGCUCACAUAAUGGCUGAUCUUGUUCUGUCCAAUGCAACUGAUACACUGGAUUACAUCCAUGGCCUACUCAAGCAAUCCCCAGAAGAAGAUUUGCAGAAGCCUUUGGCAAACUGUGCAGAGUUGUACAUUCCAGUGGUGAAGUACACUCUCCCACAGUCAAUUGAUGCUCUCAGUAAUGGUCAUUAUGGGUUUGCCAACUACGGCAUUUCUGAUGCCGCGAAGGAAGCUGAGGCUUGUGAGAAGGGGUUUUCCGGGGAGUCGCCGUUGACAGAUAGGAACACUCUUGUGAGCAGCCUCGCUGAAGUAGCUGUGGCUAUCAUCAAGUUGGUGCAGGGAUGAUUUUGGCCGUGGCAGAUCAGCAUAUGUUCAUUAGUCAUCAAUAUCAUGUACUAGUAUUUAUUGCGUUCCUUGUGUAUUCUUAGUUCAGAUAUUUGUACUCGUAGCAGAAGUUUCAGCCACUGAAAUUAGAGUUUCUGAUCUCUUUAUGUUCUA